AUGCCAACUAUUAAGAGCAAUGAUAAUGGUAGAGCUGAGAGGCAUAAGCUUCAUCCACAUUACGUCUCCAAUCGACCAACCCUUCUUCAGUUCUUCUCGUCUACUUCAAUCGAUCCGACUACUGCAAUCGACGUCUUCAAUCGCCACCGCCUAUCGCUGCCACCCAAUAUUCAUUCGCCACCCAAUUUCUGCUUUCUGAUCUUUAAUCGACAGCGGAGCCACCACCCAAUCUGCAAUCGACACCAGAGCCAACACCCAAUCUUCAAUCGCCACCCCCAAUUGCCGCCUUCUAAUCUUCAAUCGACACUGGAGCCACCAUCAACCUACAUAACUGGUUUGCUCUUAAGUCAAUGGCUGGCAGAGGAUUAUCCCCAUUCUUACCUGAUGGGCUGUUUUGUGGUUGUGGAGUGUAUUGCCCUUUUUAUUGCAGGUUUUGCCCUUUUUAUUGCAGGUUUUGCCCUUUCUUUUGUCCCUGUUGUUGGAGUUUUUGACGGUUUUGCUUGUUUAGAUAUGUUUUUUCUCUAUUUGUAUUUCUUCUUUAAAACUCUGUUUUGGGCUCCAUUAUACCUCUUCCAAUUGCAAGAUAUCAUUGAUGGGGAAGGUCCAGAGCCUCGUGUAAGGGGAUUUUGUUGAAGUUCAUUGCCUAAUUACGCUGCAUAAAUUUCACCUCAUGUACUAAACAAGGUGUUCAUUGUUGUGAGAAGAUGUAGAAGACAUUCACAUGCUUCCAAAUUUAUUGACAUUAGUUGACUUUGGUUUUGUGUAAAAUUCAAGAUAAUUAUGGCAUUCUGGACCAUGUAAUAGUCAGUAUUGAGA